AUGGCGGCCACUGAGCAGAAUGGCAUCGACAUUCUCUGCGAUGCCGCCGGCUCCGACAUGCUGCUAUCAUCGCUCUUCUCCCUAGCAGCACCCGUGCCAGAUUCGCAUCAGCGUGUUCAGCCGCCCUUGCAGCAGGACCAGCAGGACCAGCACGAAUUGCAGCAUUCGCUGCCGCCCGUAUCGCCCUCGAAACACCCAAAUUUCCAGCAGCAGCUCGACCCUGCCCUUCAACACCCGCAAGGAGAAACCCCUCAGAGGGCCUCCUCGGUUUUGCCCGUAAAGCGAAAACUCUCCGAUGCGUCCGCUUCAUCGCCGUCCCACGUCUGCCACAUCUGUCGUCGCGUUUACGAGCGAGCCGACCACCUGACGAGACAUCUGAGGUCACACGAAAAUGCUCGACCUUACCAAUGCACCCGCUGUCCUAAGCGCUUCAAUCGCGCCGAUCUAUUGACGCGGCAUGAGACCACACACGACCGAGAUGGGGCUGCAAAGGACCGCCCUUUCAUCAGACGGAGCGACCGAGCUGCCGAAGCAUGUCUCAAUUGCGCAGCUUCCAAGGCAAAGUGCGAGGAUCAGAAGCCAUGCAGUCGCUGUCGCAGCAAGAGCUUGACCUGUCAGAUGCCAGUAAGACGAGGGAACCAAUACCGAACAUCGGAGUCGCAGGCUGGCAUGUCACCCUCGGAUAGCUCAAUGGUCGCUUCGACUACCGGCAAUGAUAGUCAGGUGUUCACAGCUGGUGACGCUGCCUAUGCCUUGUCUCAAUCUGUCAUCGCACACCAAGGGCACGCAAUUGACACUUCAGUGGACUAUAAUGGUGCCUCCUUUCUCGGCGAUCCCAGCCUUGAAAGCACCCCAGAAGACGCUCUGUACCUAACAGGGACGCAGAGCUUACUUCCGGAUUUUGGGUUCUCUUGGGAUGUAGACUUCGGUGUCUUCAACGCUCCAGGUUUGGAUGUGAAUGGACGAAGCCCUCAGGCUGGUACCGGAGCAAAACGUUCAUCCCGUCAGGUCCGCAAAGAUACAGGCCCGGAAGACGCACUGCUUCGAGGUUCAGCAUGGGUAUCUGAACCCGAGACCAACAAUCAAGCAGGGAACCUAAUGCCUCACUCGUAUUUAGUGUCAUCUUACACUCGCGAUAGCAUGUUUGCGAUGGUUCUCGCCAAUAACCCCACGCCACAUCGAGUACCAACAUUUCCAUCGGCGGAACUUUUGAGCCAUAUGGUUGAGACAUACUUCUUGGGCGAAGAUUCUAAAAGUGAACCGUUUGUCCAUAGAGCAUCUUUCAACCCCACAACGACCGGCCCGGAGCUUGUCUCUGCUAUUGUUUCGAGUGGAGCCACUUACAUAUCCAGCCCAGUUAUGUGGCAGUUUGGUCUGGCCCUUGAUGAGCUUACCGCGGGGGUAAUUGGGAGAAGGACUAGAUGGCUGGCUGACUAUAAGCAGAUUGAGUCCUCGAAUCUGGCCUCGCGGGAUAUGAUGACUCUUCAAGCGUUUAUGAUUCAUCUUGAAACCGCACAAUGGAGCGGCUUCAACAAGCAAACAGAAACAGCUGAGGGUUCUGCUCCACAAUUUCUAACUCUACUUCGAAAGAGUGGAAGGAUGAGCUUUUCGCCGGACAUAAAUGCCUACACUCCCAACACGGGUGAUUCUUCUGAGCUAUUAGACUCGAAAUGGCGGAAUUUUACAGUGGUUGAGUCCUGCAAAAGGCUUGCCAUCCGCGCGUUUCUCCAUGAUGUACAGUCAUCGAUUUUGCUAUGGAAAGGCCCUACGCUGGCGUAUAGUGAGCUCAACUUUGCUCCUCCGGCAGCUCGUGAUCUUUGGAAGGCUAGCAGUCCACAAACAUGGUGGGAGUCGCACUUGGUCAAGGGGACCUCACAACCUAGAAAUACCCUGCGGCUUUCAGACAUGAGAGACUGCGCGGCUCUUGUAGCCGAACAGAACACCUGGAUGGAUAUUGAGCUUUGCUGCAAUACCUCUCUGCACGGAUUAUGGGGACAAGUUUGGACCUACCGUGACGCUGUCACUUCCCGUCACAAUGGGUCUUCCGAUCAGCCCAUGUCUGAUGUUCCCCUCUGGGCACAGAGCCUCUAUCAAGAGCUCUACAGCAACCUACGCAAGUUUUCAACCCAGCUUCAGGAAGCACAAACAUUUAGUGUUGAGCUAUCACUUCUUUCAGAAUUUCUCAUGAUGAUUCUACACGUUCCUUUUGACGACGUGCAGCGACUUGCCGGCAGGAAGGGCGAAGAGGAGUCUCGAAGAGCUGCCCAAUUAUUGGAGAGCAGCUGGCUGCCUGUGCUAGAGUCGCGGUAUGCCGUUUGGCAUGCUGGGCAAGCGCUUCGAUAUGCAGAGGAGUGCAAACCAACGACUUUGCGAGGAUUCAACGCCAUGAUGGUGUAUUUUGCUAGUCUAACGUUGUGGGCAUACGGUCUGAUGUCACACCGCUCGGCAGGUGGUCACCAAGGGUCGGGGCAAGACUUUGUUCCUCUCAAUGGGCUAGAGACGCGAGAGUUGACGAUGUUCCUUGAACUUGGUCAAGGGACUCCGUCGCUGGCGUCUCCGGAAGGGUUACGCCAUCAACUGGAGCCGGUAUCGAACCACGUGGCAACUCUAUCACUGGCACGGUUGAUUUAUCGGCAGAAUUACCCAGUUACGAACGAGGCAAUGCCUCCUCUUGUCGAGAGUUUGUGUCGACAUCUCGGCGAUCUACAAAACGGGUUUGGCGGGCAGAUUGCGAUGGCGAUGGCGAUGGACGAGUUAUAG